UAAAUCAACCCUACUUUUUAAAUCUUAUACUAAGGUCAUCGCAACUUCUAUCAAAGUCAUAAACUUUGAAUUUGAUGAUAUGCCUGUAUUAGGUAUAAACUCAGUCAUCGUUGUCAGAGACCGCGAACCACCUAGCUUCUGGGUUGAAGCUAGGCAUAAUAUCAACAAUAAAUAUCUCUCCAAUAAAACAAACGCAAUAAACCAAAAUUCCCAUUCAACCACCGCAAUCCUUAUUGGAAAGCAUGUAAUCAUCUUGGAAGACAUUUCCUUAAUCACCUCAAAUCACAAUGAUUCAUCCGCCCAAUCAAUUACUCUGCCAUGGCUAUCCCAAUCAAGUAUCCCAGGCUAUGCAAGAGCGAAUCGUCAGCCACAGGGUGCUGCUCCGAAGACUCCAAAAAAAGGAUGCAAUACCUUGUCUAAUAUGAAUCCAAC